AUAUAAUAAUUGCGUGGACAAAACCUAAAUCGGCAACCAAAAGCAGCAUCAGCCGUUCGCUUCCGCCGGAAAUUCGAAGCAAAACCAUAAUGUUCGUAGGAGAUGGGGCGUCUGAGGAAUAUAGGUUGCACCGAAUGCGAUUGCGAAACCGACCAUUGCGUGACAUCGAUCCUUUCGAUGCCAAGGGUAUCACAGAAACAUACGAUCGUACACUAUACGAAGUGACCUGCAAUAAUCCGCGGUUCACUGAUCUUAAAGCACGCAUAGUCAACCAUUAUGCUAGGAUGGGCGUUCAUCGUUACAAUUUGCUCCAGGGGAAACACUAUCAGUUCCUUCGCGUAGAGAAAUACAAUGUUACAACAAGAUUUGGUCCUAACAUCUACUACAUAACUUCGUCUGCCAUUGAUCCAGCUAACGGUGCCCCUCGGUUUUUCCAGACUAAAAUUGAUGAACAUACUCGUUUUCGUGCCAGAUUAGAUUUAACGUGCUAUAUUGCUAGACUUCGAGGUGAUCCCAAGAUAUACACCAAAAAAUGUUUCGACUACGAUGAUAGCUUGCCUGAGUGGCCGCCAGAGAAUCCUUUCAAAGAUACGAAGCGGUUUUAUGUGGUGAAGAAGUCAGAGCUGCAAGACAAUGUCAAUGACUGGAUUCGUCUUUAUUUGGAACUUGCGGUUUCUUCGAAACGUAACAUGUUUUUUAAAGAUGAAGAUCUCUCCAACUUGGAGAUUGUGAAAGUGGCUAUAGAAACUACUACUACUAGCCAAGAUCCAAACGAGGGGCAUCUCAAUGCCAUGAAUACAACGGUCUACAUAAGUUACAGGGACCCGAGCGAGGCUCGGGUUGGUAAGGAUGUCGAUCGCAUAGCUAUAGUCAGAAGAAGCUUUGAUGAGCAGUCGUCAUGCUUUAGCCUUGUGGGUCACAAUCUGAGCUCAGAAACUAUAAACGAGCCGUUGGGUUCCAGGGACCCGAGCGAGGCUCGGGUUGGUAAGGAUGUCGAUCGCAUAGCUAUAGUCAGAAGAAGCUUUGAUAAGCAGUCGUCAUGCUUUAGUCUUGUGGGUCACAAUCAGAGCUCAGAAACUAUAAGCAAGGCGUUGGUUGCUAAGGAUGUUGAUCGCGCAUCUAUAGUCAGAAGAAGCUUUCAUGAGCAGUCGGCAUGCUCCAGGCUCGUGGGUCAGAAUCAGAGCUCAGACCCUAUACCAAAAAAGGGUAAGAGUCAGAGUGCGUAUAGCCAACGUUUAGGUGUCCGCAAACCGUGGCUGUUAUGUAUUCAUAAGUGGCGCAAGGCAUACCAAACUCGUUGCGUUCGCAUGACUCGCCGGAUCAGAUAGAUAAUAAACUAUCAAAUUAUCAACUAAGUUAUUUUGUGCGUUCGGAUUGUUAAAGUGGAUUGGUUUUUGUGUGCUUGUUUUUUUUUUCACAACUUUGGAUCGACAAAGCCCGAUUUAUAGUCAA